AAGUAAUCCAACCAGAUUCCACCAUUAAGUUCCGCACUCAAAGUGCGAGUCCAACGGUCGACUUCGCUCUCCAUUAAACCACCCAAAUUUUCAACCAUUCCACUCGAAAAAUAUUUCAGAAGCAGAACUCUGCUCUCUUUUUCUCUCACAGUGUGUAUGAAUAGAGAGAAAUGGUGGUUGCUAAGGUCACGUAUGAGGAGUUGCGUCGUCAGAGGUUGGAGGAGAACAAGAAAAGAAUCGAAGAGCUCCAUCUUCCCCAUCUCUCUUUAGCUCUCAAGAACUCUUCUCCUACACACUCUCCGAUGAAGCAGUCGAAUCCUCGCCCAGAUAGGAAAAAGGUAGUAGUGAUGGUAAGAAGGUCGAAUCGUGUCGCAAACAAGCCAGCCCCUGAUUACAAAGAAGCUGUCACCUUUGAGCAUUUCGAGUAUAGUAGAAGAAUCUGUAAGAGGAGCGAGCCAAGGAGGAGGGACUUGUCGGAUCGGGUAUAUGCUUCUGAUGCAGCAAGAGCUAAGGCUAUAGCGAAAGCGGAAGAGCUGGAAUCGAGUCUAGGAGACAAUUAUCCCACCCUUUUGAAGCCAAUGCUACCCUCACAUGUCUCUGGUGGGUUCUGGCUGGGCAUUCCAGUUUAUUUCUGUAAGAAGUACCUUCCAAGGCGCGAUGAAACUGUUACAUUGGUAGAUGAAGAGGGAGAAGAGUACCCAGUAGUAUACCUGGCUCGGAAAACGGGACUUAGCGGUGGAUGGAAAGGAUUUGCAGUUGAUCAUGAGCUGAUGGAUGGGGAUGCAGUGGUGUUCCAAUUAAUCCGGCCUACAGUACUUAAGGUGUACAUUGUAAGGGCGAACAGUUCUGAAGAAGGCAACGACGUCUAGAGCCUUCGAUUUUUAGAUGUUGGGGCCAUUUGAUCUAAUGCAGGUGAAAAAGAAGUGCAGAGUAGUUGUUGAUGAUGCUGUGAAUUUUGUCCAAUGGAAGUCCAAAAUCCCAUAAACAAUUGCACGAAUGGAUGAAAAUCCCAUCUUGUUUUCUAUGAGAUGAAAAUGGAUUAUAUUUUUGGUUUGUCUGAAUGGUCCAUUAUUAUUCCGUAAAAAAAAAAUGAAAUGAAAGUGGGGUUGAUGAUUUGGUAUAAUUAUUAGAAACUUGGAAAUUCUUAUCA